UUCACCAAUGGCAUAAAAUGAAAAUUUGUCAUUUCUGACGUGCAAAAAUGAUCAUUUCAUCAAAAUUUUUCGUAUUAUUCUUGACAUAUUUUGUCUAUUCGACAGCUUCACUAGCGGGAAAAGUUAGAUUCUCGCUGCACAAUGCUCGGAAUAGUGAAGAAGUGAUAACCAUCAGACCUGGAUCUUUCUGUCACGAGCUUUAUCCUUUUGACAGAUCCACCAAAGUUUUCCUCAUCAUCCACGGUUGGUUACAGUCAAGCCGUGAGUUUUACAUAAGCGACAUAAGAAAUCUAAUUUUUCGCGCAUUGAAGAAGGAUGUAGUCUUUAUAUCUGCCGACUGGUCUGCAUACGCAGGAAGAGAAUACGAUGUUGCUAGGAGGUACAAUUCUGUUGUGGCCAAUGCCACCAGUGACGUACUUUCUUCUUUUCUGGGUUGGAGAAAACUGAAACCUGACAAUACAGAAAUCAUUUGCCACUGUAUGGGGUGCCACAUAGCUGGCAUGGCGUGUAAAAAUUUGUUUCCUACAAGCAGGAAGAAAAUCGGCAGGAUAACAGCUCUGGAUCCGGCAGGUCCAGGAUACUACAGUUCCAGGCCGUUGGAGAGACUUGGUGCAGAAGAUGCCUCCGUAGUUUUCGUGAUACACACGGACGCUUUCAGGUUCGGGUUCGGCGAGAGAUGUGGCACCAUAGAUUUCUACCCCAAUGGGGGAAGGUUUCCACAGCCUGGUUGUUUGAAUUUCACCGGAAUUAUCGAUUAUAAUCUGUGUAGCCAUCAGAGGAGCAUAGAGCUAUACGUGGAAUCUCUGGAUGAUCCAGUCUUUUACGGCAUCAAAUGCCCCAGCUAUAGGGACUACAAAAGUGGCCUAUGCAGCUCCAACUCAAAAUUGAAUUUUGCGAGUGUUCUCAAGGCAGAUCACUCUGGAACCUACUUUUAUUCUACCAAUUCGAGGAAACCAUUUCUGCGUAAAAAAUGAAACAUUGUCGAGGGGCAAGAUGUUCUGGUACGAAUACCAAUGUUAAUAUAGUGUUAUCAUGAGUAAUAUAUUUAUUAUUAAGAAUGUUAUACGUUGGGGGAUCCAUUUUUCCAUGAAAGUUUUGUAAGGCACAUC